UGCUAUAAGCUACCCUAGCAGAAACACAUACAGACAGACACACAUUAUAUACACACACCUAUUUAUUUACUCUUCACAGACAGACAGCCAUAUAGAAAAAUGUCUUCAGAUAUGGAUGGGACCAUGCUCCUGGGGGUGGAAGGCAUUAAGAAAACCAUCCUGUAUGGAGGGACAGCUGAGAUGCCCCGGUUCAUUACUGGGACUAAGGUGACCUUCCAUUUCCGUACCCAGCUGUGUGAUGAUGAUCGUACGGUGAUAGACGACAGUAAGGUCGCGGGCGUGCCAAUGGAGGUGGUGAUCGGGAACAUGUUCAAGCUGGAGAUCUGGGAGACCCUGCUCACCUCCAUGAGAAUCGGAGAGGUGGCCGAGUUCUGGUGCGAUGUCACCCACACUGGCCUCUACCCCCUGGUGGCCAAGAGCUUGCGGCGCAUCGCGGAGGGCAAGGACCCUGUGGACUGGCACAUCCAUUCGUGUGGCAUGGCCAACAUGUUUGCCUACCACACCCUGGGCUAUGAUGACCUGGACCAGCUACAGAAGGAGCCUCAGCCUCUCUACUUUGUACUGGAACUGGUCAAGGUGCAGCAGCCCAGUGAGUAUGACAGGGAGUCGUGGGCUCUGAAUGAUGAGGAGAGACUGAAGGCUGUGCCCUUGCUCCAUGGCCAGGGGAACAAGCUCUACAAACUGGGGCGCUACCAGGACGCCACCAAUAAAUACAAAGAGGCCAUAGUCUGCAUCAAGAACAUACAGCACAAGGAGAAAGCAUGGGAAGCCCCCUGGCUGAAGCUAGAGAAGAUGGGGAACAUGCUGACUCUCAACUACUGCCAAUGUCUGCUCCGUAUGGAGGAGUACUAUGAGGUCAUAGAGCACACCAGUGACAUCAUCAAUCAGCACCCAGGUGAAAUGAAGGCGUUCUACGUGCGAGGGAAGGCCCACAUCGAGGUGUGGAACGAAGCUGAGGCGCGGGCUGACUUUGAGAGGGUUCUAGAUCUGGACCCUGGCAUGAAGAAGGCUGUCAAGAAGGACCUGGGUGUCCUCAACAUGAGGAUGGAGGAGAAGAAUGAGGAGGAUAAAGUCAAGUACAAGGGCAUGUUCUGACAUGGCCCAGGAGAUAUGCAGAUAUGGAGGGUCAAUGUCAAAGUCAAUGUUAACCUCACUUGGGACGCUAGCGUCCCACCUCGUCAACAGCCAGUGAAACUGCAGGGCGCCAAAUUCAAAUACAGAAAUACUCAUUAUAAAAAUUCAGAAAACAAAACCUAUUUUACAUAGGUUUAAAGAUUAACUUCUUGUGAAUCCAACCACGGUGUCAGAUUUAAAAAAUGCUUUACGGCGAAAGCAUACCUUACGAUUAUUUGAGAACAUAGCCCAGCAGACAAAUCAUUACAAACAAUAACCAGCCAAGUAGAAGAGUUACACAAGUCAGAAAUAGAGAUAAAAUGAAUCCCUUACCUUUGAUGAUCUUCAUAUGGUUGCACUCAGCAGACAUUCAUUUACUCAAUAAAUGUUCAUUUUGUUCGAUAAAGUCUCUUUAUAUCCAAAAACCUCAGUUUUGUUCACGCGUUUUCUUCAGUAAUCCACAGGCUCAAACGCAGUCAAAACAGGCAGACAAAAAAUCUAAAUUGUAUCCAUAAAGUUCAUAGAAACAUGUCAAAUGAUGUUUAUAUUCAAUCCCCAGGUUGUUUUUAGCCUAAAUAAUCGAUAAUAUUUCAACCAGACAAUAACGUUGUCAAUAUAAAAGGUAAACAAGAAAGGCACACUCUCGGUUGUGUGCAUGAAAAAGCUCUGUGACACUUUAGGGUCCACUCAUUCAGACUGCUCUUACUUCCUCAUUUUUCAGAAUACAAGCCUGAAACAAUUUCUAAAGACUGUUGACAUCUAGUGGAAGGCAUAGGAACUGCAAUUUGAGUCCUAAGUCAAUGGAUACUGUAAUGGCAUUGAAUAGAAAACUGCAAAACCAAAAAGAAAAACUACUUCCUGAAUGGAUUUUUCUCAGGUUUUUGCCUGCCAAAUCAGUUCUGCUAUACUCACAGACACUAUUUUAACAGUUUUGGAAACUUUAGAGUGUUUUCCAUCCAAAUCUAUCAGUUAUAUGCAUAUCAUAUCUUCUGGGCCCGAGUAGCAGGCAGUUUAAUUUGGGCAGGCUAUUCAUCCAAAAUUCCAAAUGCUGCCCCCUACCCUAGUGAAGUUAAAGUGGACAGCACAGAUGGUACUUGUGGAGGAAGAGAGGAGAAAUGGGCAAAGCAGGAGUGAUAGAGAGAGAGAGACAGAGAGAGAGAGAAAGAGAGAGAAAAUGUAUCCUAGAUCAUUGUUACUUAUUUAUUUAUGUUUUUCCUGGAACAUUGUUUGGUGGUCAAUCCAUUUGGGUAGAACAUGAAUCCAUUAUGUCUGACUUGAAUGGUUAAAGCCCAACAAGUACUGCAUCUAGUAAUAAAAGGCAAAUAAAUAUUGGUGUAGAUUGUGUACUCAUCAGAUAUUGAAUGAAUAUGUUAUUUUGUUCUUUCCUUU